AUGGAGUGGCUGGAGGCCAUUGACAAGCUUCCGGAUGGUCUCCGUCAUCUGAGAAUUCGCACGGCUGACGAGAUUGAGAAGUACAAAAUCCCAUCCGAAACGGUUCCUCGCCCUGGCUUCAACACUACCGGGAAGGAAAUCGAGGUCAGCUUGAACGCCUACCCGAUCACCAAGUUCCCAAGCAGAAGGAUUUACCAGUAUGAUGUGCAAAUCGGCAACGGCGCUGAGAAGACUGCCGUGAUCAAGAAGGUCUGGGAUUCCAGUGCCAGGAAGAACGCCCUUAAAAGCAUCAUCUUCGACGGACAGAAAUUGGCUUGGACUCUGCAAGAAUACAAGCAAGGCCUCAAUGUCAUGGUUGAUCUCGAUGCUGAGCAGAACCGUAAGCCGGGUGCCAAACCCAACGUUUUCCGUCUGCUGGUACGACCCACCAAGACUGUCGAUCUCUCAGCCUUGAACCUCUGGCUUCAGGGGCGCACUGAUAUGUCGGAGAACGUUCUCCAGGCCUUGAAUUUUCUGGACCAUGUCCUUCGAGAAACGCCAUCGAACAAGUAUGUGGCAAUCAAGCGUUCAUUCUUCGACCCCGAAGGCGCAAGUCAGGAUUUGGGCAAAUGUGUCUAUGCCUUUAAAGGCGUGUAUCAGGCGAUUCGUCCGGCUUUGAACCGUGGACUCAUCGUGAACAUCGACGUCUCGAACACUUGCUUCUGGUCUCGCUGUGGCGUAAUGCAGGUAGCUAUCGCUGUUUUGGAUGCGCGAGACAUUCAAGAGGUCAUUCACCGGUGUGAGCCCGUCUCAGACAAGCAUGGCGGUACGACUGAGUCGCCAGGUUUCUAUGAGGUACACCGCAAGCUGAAGAAACUUGUGGUGCAGGCACACUACAAAGGAUGCCCAUGUACCGGGGUCAAUUUCACUAUCAAAGGUCUGGUUAACGGCAAUGCCCGCCAGUACAUGCUGGACAUUAAGGACAAGGCGACUGGAAAAAUUGACCGCAUGAGUGUCGAGCAGUACUUUAAGAAGAAGUACAACAUCUUCCUUGAUUUUCCGGAGCUUCCUAUGGUUGAGAUGACCAAGAAAGGCGUUCUCUACCCUAUGGAACUCCUGACCAUUCAUGGCUUUACUCGUUACCCAUGGAAGCUGAAUGAAUUCCAGACGGCAGCCAUGAUCAGAUACUGCGCUUCUCGCCCUGCUGAGAGACUGAAUUCAAUUGUAGCCAACAAGAAAAUGAUGGAUCACACCAACGAUCCCGUUCUCAGUGCUUUCGGUCUCCAGGUCGACCCCAACAUGAUUCGGGGCAAAGCUCGUCUUCUUCCGAGCCCAGACAUUCAUUUCGGUGCUAACCAGCGCCACAACCCCGGUACAAACGGCCGCUGGGACCUUCGUGGCAAGAAGUUCUAUCAGACAAACAGACGUCCUCUCGAACACUGGGGCGUUGGAUAUUUUGUCGGAAAGCGUGGUUCUGCCAACAAGGCACAGGUUGAGGCAUUCUGCGAUGGUCUUAUGAAGGCCUAUGCGGGACAUGGCGGGCAGGUUGCGCGGCGCCCAGUCAUCGUUGAAUUGAAGGAGGAUAUUGGUGAGGCUGUCAAAAAACUGCACGAAAUAGUGAAUGCGAAGUGCAAUGUCAAGAGCCCGCAGCUUCUCAUAUUUGUCGUUCCUAACAAGGAUUCGUUCGCCUAUCUCCGGAUUAAGAAGUCAUGCGACUGUCGCUUUGGCGUUCCUUCUCAAUGUGUGCUCGCAUCGCACGUCAUGAAGGGAAAUCCGCAGUACUACUCCAACGUACUGAUGAAGGUGAACGCUAAGCUUGGUGGAACUACAGCCCGCGUGGUUUCUAAGGUUUCAGGCGCAACGCUCAAGCCCAACUCUAUGAUCAUUGGAGCCGAUGUCACGCACUCUCCCAUGGGCGUCUGGUCACCCUCGAUGGCUGCGGUAUCUGUGUGUAUGGACAACUUUGGUGGUCGUUACUUCGGGGCUUGCGAAGCCAACGGCGAUCGUGUCGAAAUUAUCAAUCGUGCUAACCUCGAAAUCAUGCUGACUCCUCUGAUCCGCGAAUGGAUGUCUACCGUCGGACAAGGGCGUGCGCCAGAGCACGUUUAUUACUUCCGCGACGGUGUCUCGACCGGCCAAUUCGAGCAUGUUCUUCAGUCUGAGGUUUUCGACAUGAAGUCUAUCUUCAUGAAGCUCACUCAGGAUAGAUGGCCUGGCAAAUUUACUGUUGUCGUUGCAAACAAGCGCCACCAUCUCCGCGCCUUUCCCAGACCUGGUGACCGCAACGCCGCGGAUAAGAACGGCAACCCGUUGCCCGGCACUUUGAUCGAGAAGGAUGUGACCAGUCCUCAUGAUUGGGACUUCUUGUUGUACUCUCACAUUGCGCUUCAGGGCACAUCUUGUCCCGUUCAUUACCAUGUGAUUCUGGACCAGAUUGGACACAAGGCUCACGAACUUGAGAACUUGAUCUACGAUCAUUGCUACCAGUAUAUGCGGUCCACUACGUCGGUUUCAUUGCAUCCUGCUGUUUAUUACGCUCACCUGAUCGCAGCUCGGGCGAGACACCACGAAGACGUGGCUGCAAGUUCGGGCCCUCAAAGUGGACCAACAGUCAAGUUGACGAAUCCCAAGCCGGAGAAACGCCCCGUGGAUCCGAGACUAUUGCCCAUGGUAGGCAAUAUGAACCGGCUUCCGUUCUCGAUGUGGUACAUCUGAGACUGAUCCAACUUGAAGACGUCUGGACAAAGGUGGUGGCGAAGAAGUUGAUGACGGCGAAGAGCACGGAGAAGGAUGGUUUUCUUUUGCAUUUAUCUAACCCAGUCAACGUCGGUCUGGACGAUUUCUUGCUUUUUCUGCUUUAUUCAAUAGUGUAUCGGAAUGUAG